CAAUGCAGGCUGUUGUGUAAGAGGAAGCUUUGAGCGAGUUUCAAUACACUUGCACACACAUACACACGCACGCACACAUACAGCAUGUGACGGGAUCUCUACUGAACACAGUUCCAGCAGGUCGGGUAGAAAUCCUUACUUGGUUCAAUCUGGCUUUGUUUUUGUAAACUGGGAUUAUAAACUUUUUAGGAAAGUGUGGAUUCGUCUCGAAAUUGUUCUGUAGUGCUGCUGCCUCUGAGUUGCAUUCAGCUUGUCAGGACGCUGGUGAUCAGAGCAGAACCAUCCUGGGAUCACCCACACAAUGACCGCCAACCAGAUAUCCAGUGUGGACGAUGUGGCCGAGAGGAUGGACGACGAGAUGCCCUACAGCGACGACGAGACAGAUGAUGAAUUGGAAAGUCACACUGGCAUCAACGAGGAUUCCAGGCAAAACUGCACCAACCAGCAAACUGAGGAAGCCAAGAAUGAAUACACCUGGAAGGUCAAAGCCAACGACAAAGACUUUUAUGAUAACCUCAUUGUAAAGAAGUACGGUAUAUUCACUGAAAGCAAAUAUGCAGGAAAUUCAAUUCGGACCUACAAAUACAAUCUCAUCACAUUUUUACCAUUAAACUUGUUUGAACAAUUUAAAAGGGCAGCAAAUGCUUACUUUCUAGUUCUUCUCAUUCUACAGAUCAUUCCACAAAUUACCACCUUGCCUUGGUACACAACACUGGUGCCAUUAGUAGUGGUACUGGGGAUAACAGCAAUAAAAGAUCUCGUGGAUGACAUUGCUCGGCACCAGAUGGACAAUGAAAUCAACAACCGGUCCUGUGAGGUUUUGGAGGAUGGCAAUUUUCAACCAUCAAAAUGGAAGGACUUAAAAGUCGGUGACAUUGUGCGAUUACGAAGAGAUGAUUUUAUUCCUGCUGAUCUACUGCUGCUGUCCAGCUCUGAACCCAAUAGUCUUUGUUACGUAGAAACAGCUGAACUCGAUGGUGAAACGAACCUAAAAUUUAAGAUGUCUCUGGAGGUGACAGACCAGCUGAUGAAGGAUGAAAAGGGUCUGAAAUCUUUUGAUGGUAUGAUCGAGUGCGAAGAGCCCAACAAUCGCUUGGAUAAGUUCGUGGGAACGUUAUCCUGGAGGGACCAGAAAUACCCCCUCAGUCUGGACCACAUCCUCCUGCGUGGCUGUACUGUACGCAACACCAACAUCUCUCAUGGGAUACUCAUCUAUGCAGGAAAGGACACAAAAAUAAUGAGGAAUGGAGGAAAGACACAAUUCAAGAGGACUAAAAUCGAUCAACUAAUGAAUUAUAUGGUUUAUACGAUCUUUCUCUGCCUCAUUCUCCUGUCAGCCGGCCUCGCUAUUGGCCACACUUUUUGGGAAAGCCAAAUCGGCAACAUUACUCGGUCCUGGUAUCUCGAUGAUGGCAAAACGGAUUCCCCUUCUUACCGAGGCUUCCUCAUCUUCUGGGGCUACAUCAUUGUCAUGAACACAAUGGUUCCCAUUUCUCUCUACGUCAGUGUUGAGGUGAUCCGCUUGGGACAAAGCUACUUCAUAAAUUGGGAUCUGCAGAUGUACUACGCUGAGAAGGACACACCGGCCAAAGCAAGGACAACCACCCUGACCGAACAGCUGGGCCAGAUCAAAUACAUCUUUUCCGAUAAGACCGGCACCCUCACGCAGAACAUCAUGGCUUUUAAGAAGUGCUACGUGAACGGCAGGGCGUAUGGUGAAUUGUGCAACGCUGCUGGAGACAAGACUGACCAAAAAGAGCUGGUGGACUUCAGCUGGAACAGUUACUCCGACGGGAAAUUCCAGUUUUAUGACCAUUACUUGCCUACACUGAUCCGGUCAGGAAAGGAUCCGUCGGUACAGGAAUUCUUCAAACUGCUCGGACUCUGCCACACGGUGAUGGUGGAAGAAAACAAAGGCGAAUUAGUUUAUCAAGCAGCCUCUCCCGAUGAAGGAGCCCUGGUCACUGCAGCACGGAAUUUUGGCUUUGCCUUUCUGUCCCGCACACAGAACACCAUCACAAUCAGUGAACUGGGGACAAAGAGGACCUACCAAGUACUGGCCAUGUUAGACUUCAACAGCGAUCGCAAGAGAAUGUCUGUCAUUUUGAGAGACCCAGAUGGUAAUAUCAAACUCUACUGUAAAGGUGCUGACACAGUCAUAUAUGAGAGGUUACAUCCCAACAACCCAAAAAGGGAUUGUACAGAAGAAGCACUGGUGGAUUUUGCAACUCAGACCCUCAGAACCCUGUGUCUAACCUACAAGGAUAUCAGCGAGGCUGAGUACUCAAUUUGGAACAAGAAAUACGCAGCUGCCAGUGUCUCCACAAAUAACCGCGAAAAAGCACUUGACGAAGUGUAUGAAGAAAUUGAAACCAAUUUAUACCUCAUCGGAGCCACUGCCAUAGAAGAUAAGCUGCAAGAUGGUGUUCCUGAGACGAUCGAAACUCUCGCAAAAGGACAGAUUAAAAUCUGGAUGCUGACUGGAGACAAAAAAGAAACUGCCGAAAAUAUUGGUUACUCUUGUCGGCUGCUAACCGAAGAAAUGACAAUACAUUACGGAGAGGAGAUUGGUGACAUUCUCAACACCCUGCAGGAGAAUAGGAAGAAUGCUAGAGCGGAUGGCAAGCAUGCUCGUUCCUUCUUCGACAGCAAGGAGAAUCACGCCCUCAUCAUCACCGGAUCCUGGCUGAACGAAAUACUUCGCGAGAAGAAGAGGAGGAAAAAGAAGUGGUUCAGGCUUCCAAAAACGGAGGACGAGAAAAGGCUGCAUCAGGAGAGGGAGCAACAGGAGGAGGCGUCCAAAGAUAGGCGUCAGCAGGACUUUGUGGAACUCGCCUGCCAAUGCAGCACCGUCAUCUGCUGCCGGGUCACCCCCAAGCAGAAGGCCAUGGUUGUCAGCCUGGUGAAAAAAUACAAAAAAGCCAUCACCCUAGCAAUCGGAGAUGGAGCUAAUGAUGUCAACAUGAUUAAAACUGCUCACAUUGGCGUAGGGAUCAGCGGGCAGGAAGGCAUGCAGGCCGUGAUGUCCAGCGAUUAUUCCUUUGGACAGUUUCGAUUCCUGCAGAGGCUGCUCCUGGUCCACGGGCGAUGGUCGUACAUCCGGAUGUGCAAGUUCUUGAGAUAUUUCUUCUUCAAAAACUUCUCCUUCACUUUGGUCCACUUUUGGUACUCCUUUCACACCGGGUACUCUGCACAGACUGCGUAUGAAGAUUGGUUUAUCACUCUCUACAAUGUUCUGUACACCAGCCUUCCAGUCCUGCUUGUUGGGUUGUUGGAUCAGGAUGUGAGUGACAAGUUGUCUCUUCGCUUCCCGAAACUUUACAACACUGGGCAGAUGGAUUCUCUCUUCAAUUACACCAAGUUUUUCAUCAGCCUGUUACACGGCAUCUUGAUCUCCCUUGUUAUUUUCUUUGUACCUUACGGGGCUUUCCUCCAGACCAUGGGCCAGGAUGGUGAGGCUCCGACUGAUUACCAGUCCUUUGCAGUCACCACAGCCUCCGCCCUCAUCAUUGCUGUCAAUCUCCAGAUUGCUCUGGACACCUCGUACUGGACAUUUGUCAAUGCCUUUUCAGUCUUCGGAAGUAUUGUGAUUUAUUUUGCCAUCAUGUUUGACCUUCACAGCGCAGGAAUCCACAUCCUCUUCCCAUCAUCGUUUACCUUUACCGGUGCUGCUCCGAAUGCACUUCGACAGCCUUAUCUGUGGCUGACCAUCAUCUUAACUGUCGGAAUCUGUCUGUUCCCUGUUCUUGCCAUUCGUUUCUUCUUGAGGAUUACCCGACCGUCAAUAACUGAACAGAUUCAGAUGAACCGGAAGAAAUAUGAGAGCGAGCCACUGCCUCCGACCAGGCAGCCGAGCGGAUUCCAGAGGAACGUCUCCACUCGGCGAUCAGCCUACGCAUUUUCACACCAACGAGGAUUCGCGGACCUUAUCUCCUCGGGCAGGAGUAUCCGGAGAAAAGACCCGAACUCCCAUGCCGGAGCCAGCAGGAGCACACAGAAUAAUGCGGGCGGAGACGCCAGCUGAAACCAACGACUUUCUUUUUAAAAUACAAUACAACAUUUUUUUUAAAGAAAAGGACACUUGGGAAGCCUCGGGAGGUGGAGUAGGAUGAAAGGGGGGAAUUAAUUUUAAACCCACAUUUCUCGGGGAUUGAUAGGAAGAUUGUAAGUUUCAUUUCCAAGCUAUUUGCUGUCGCUCUUCGGAUGAUGAUCAGUACGGUUUUGUACGAGACGUGAGAAUGAUUUUGAUGCCACCCCCAACACCCACCCCCCCCUCCAACCCUACUCUACCUACUCUCUCAAUCCCCCCACCCUCCAGGGGCCAAUGCUGGAGCCAGAACUGACUUCUGAGGGAAUCGCUGUCUUGAUCUCCAGGAGCCAAUGGUACAAAUGAAACUCAACACAGAAUCCCAGGGUUUCCGUUGCUACUAUGAGACAAGUCAACAGUACAUAAUCUCCACAGAGCAACUUAGAGAGGAUGUGUAUUACAGUUUAAGUUCAGAGCAUAAGGCAGAAGACGAUGUGUGCUAUUUUAAAACUGUCCAAUGUUUACAUAUGUAUAAUGUACAGAUUCACUCUUGUUCAUAAAGUCCUCAUCACUGCUUGUAAAUACAGAAUUAUAUUUUUCCUCCUGCUUUACCUAAUUUGGUGACUCCAUACCUUUAUUAAAAAAACAAAGGUUUCUUGUUGAUCUUCUAAUACGCAGUAUCUAAAUAUAUUUUUUAUCUGCACAAAAAACAUUUUGUGUUUCAUCUGAAGUUCUUAAAAAAGAGAAUAUUUUGUAAAAUUUCAAGAGUAAAUAAAAUUGUUUCAGUUGAUUCAGGUUUUCCUCUGUUGACAAUAAAC